CCCACUGUGAUCUGGGCUCGGUACUUUUUUCCGCCAACCCUGAUCUUGGCUAUAGAAACUAUGUUUAACUGAGUUGGAGUACACCCUUUCCCCUUUCCACAGAAGAGUGGUCCAGCAUGAAUUCUGUUGGUUGGAGCUGGCUCUUCUCCCAUCCAAUUAAAAGAAAUCCACAGAGAACAUUGCUUGAAGCUACCGCUGAACUGAUAGUCCUUAAUCUCUACUAAAAGAAAAUGCAUACCAGAAUUUACAGUUUUAACAAACAACACCAUUGUUUUAAUAAUUUGACUUCUUGUUAAAUUCAUAGCUGGGUUACCCAGCAGGGAGAGACACAAGGUUGUGACCUGAGGAUUGCAUAAUUAGAAAGCUUUAGAUUAGAUAUGCUUGAAUUUGAAAUUAACUAUUAGCAUGUGAUAGACCUACUUCAGAAAAUAUGAGGCUCCUGUAGUUGCCUUCUUGCUUUCCUUUUAGACAGUCAUUUGUUUUGGACUCAGCAAGGUACUGAAACUGCAAGAGAGAGAGAGAGCACAGCUGGGGGAAUUGAAUCAUCUGAUUCAUCACUGAACUCACAUGUUCAGUUCUUCAAAACCAUGGGACGGCUUGUGGGGUUUUCUGAGAACAGUAAAUGCUCUUUGAAGAAAGGACAGAUGUUUUGACUGGAUUUGGAGAAGGAAAAACACUGAAAAAUGUAAGAAGAAUGGAUUCAAAUAGAAAAGAAGGAGAAACUGAAAGUGUGCCAGUGAUUAAUCCUUCAACACAGAUUGCCCAGCUGCAGGCUCUGGCUUCUGAGCUUAAGACUGGCUUCACUGAAGCUAUGCAGGAACUUUCAAGAAUUCAGCACGGGGAAUACGCUCUUGAGGAGAAGGUUCAAAGCUGCCGGUGUGCAAUGGAGGAGAAAGUGGCAGAAAUGAAGAAUUCACUAAAUGGUUUCAAGGAGGAACUUGAUGAAGCCAAAUCCAUGAUUGAGGAAAUUAGUGCCAAGCAAGAAGAGAUGCAACAGAAAAUUGAACAGUUACAACAAGAGAAGAGGAAAGAAGCUCGUAAACUCAAAGCAAAAAGAAUACAAAAAGAGGAGCAUGGCUCACAAACAGUGCCCACACCUCUUCAAGGAAGUCCCUUUCGAUCGCUGAAACUUCCAGAGCCGGUUUUGAUUAAUGAAGAUUUUGUCAACCUUCUGCACAAUGCAACAUAUGAAAAAGUCUCUGAUUGCAGACCCAGAGGACUGGGAGAAAGCAACAUGAAAGGGCUAACUAGUACAAAUCAGGACACAGAGGAGAGCAUCAGAGCUUCCUCAUCAGCUGAUGCUCAGUCAUCAUCUAGAAUGUGGAAACAGACCAAGGACAGUAAGGAGUGGGGUGAUGAACAUACUUCAAAGGACCAAAGUAACAUGCAGAAGGAAAUGGGCCCAUAUGGCUCAAUAGAAAAUGUAUUGCAGGACCCUUCUAUUGCAGCUAAAAGGCAAAAUAUUGCUUUGGACUUACUAGAGUCUGAAAGGAAGUACGUUGUUAAUCUCUCCUUGGUCCUCAAAAUUAGAACCACAGUCCAUGGACAAGAAAUGAAAAGGAACACCAAAGAAAGAAGUUUUUUCCCCAACUCUGUGCGAUACCUGGUUCAGCAGCAUGUAGACUUACUUCAUGCUUUGCAAGAAAGAGUUCUCAGCUGGCCCCGACAGGGCAUCUUGGGAGACAUAUUCCUCAAGCUGACCAAUGAUGAGAACAAUUUUUUGGACUAUUAUGUUGCUUACUUAAGAGACCUUCCAGAGUGCAUUUCGCUGGUCCACGUGGUGAUUCUAAAAGAGAUUGAAGAAGAAACGAAGUCUGACCUUUACAUAUUCUUCUUUCAUAUUGUCCAGCGUAUUCCAGAAUACCUUCUGCAUUUGCAGAAUAUCCUGAAGUACACAGCGCAAGAACACCCUGACUACUACCUUCUCCUUGUUUGCGUUCAGCGCCUGCGGGUUUUCAUCUCCCACUACAGCCUCCUUUUCCAGUGCAAUGAAGACCUGCUGAUACAGAAACGAAAGAAGCUUAAGAAAUCUUCCUUCAUAAAGUUAUAUAAAAAUCUGGCUUCUCAGUGUGCUACCAGUGGCCAAGAUGUGUCUCCAACCCUCAGUGCGACAUCAAUCCGUGACAGUGGGAUCCAUUCUGAAGAGGCAAUGCAGCUGUUUCCACCAUCCUCCUCUUCAGGAACAUCAGCUAUGCACUUGAUGUCUCACAUGAAGAAGAGUCAACAACAAGGGAUGGAGGGCAUGCAGGGCACCCCAUCAGGUGAGUGGGAAGGUGAUGGAAGGCGGCAUGAAAGGCCAGAGAAUGUCCUGACUCCAUCUCCAUUCAGUGAACAGGACCUGAAGGCUUUUGCAGCUUCCUUGCAGGCCCUUCCAGACUCAGAGUACAACGCUCCCUCUCCAGGCACCAAAGUAAAUCCUGAGCGGACUCGGAGGGCCUCAACAUCAGAUCUUUUCCAUCACAGCAGAAGUUUCACUCCUGACUACGAAGACUUUGAAUACAGAGGAGAGACCUAUACCACAACUGGACCACCAUACCAGGAAGAGCACCUUCAAAACAUGGCCGCCUUUGAGACUUGCUCUCCCGCUUCUUCUGAGUCGAGCAUUGACAUCUGUUUCUUGAGGCCUGUGAACUUCACGACAGAGCCGGAAAGGACAGAGCACACGUUACAGCCCCUUCCGAAGAGCGGUGCCCAGGCCAACACCAGCAGCAGCACCCACAAGCGUGAGCUUUUCCGGAGCAAAGGAAAACAGCUGAGCCGGUCCUUGAAGGAGUUUCCUCGCAGUGCGACGGAAGGUGUCAGUGCCAGGCUAUAUAGCACACGCAGCAGCAGUGGGAGUCGGUUGCCGGCCAAGCAGGAAAGGGGCUUCCAACCCCAUGGCAUCUCGGCCCCCUCCCGGAGCACUCCACGCAACUACUUCCCUCCACAGCGAGGAAUGGGUGAAAAGCCAAGCUUUGUGGAAGAUAUGCAUUUAGAAGACAACACUAGAUUCUCUCCUAGGGAUGACAACGAACAAACGUCUUUCAGCAGCCAAACUCCAAGGCAAGACCAGAAAGGGGGCUUUCGUAGUUCCUUUCGCAAGUUCUUCAAAAAGAAAUGAGCCACCUGAGGCCAGAGUAACAGUUUCUGCAUGUUCCCUGGGUUGAGUUCUUUACUUUGAGUCCCAUGUAAUACAGUGGUUUUGCUUCAAGCAACUUUCGGGUCAAAAGAAGAAACAUUUGGAUAUUAAGACCAAUGGUAAUUUGUUAGAAUUUCCCAGUAAUUUGGCCCCAGAUAAGACCAAAAAAAAAAAAAAAGGUGAAGCCCUGUAUUUUCAGGGAUUAUUUUAUGUAUACUCUGGGGGUCAUCUGUAUAUUUUGCCAUUCACUCACUGCUGACACCCAGCAGUAAGGGUGUCACAUUUCUGGGAAAACAGUAAAUGCUAUUAUCAGUGUUCUCCUCUGAGCUGUUAUAUAACAUGACAAAGCCCACAGAGAAGAGUAAAAUUUCAUAGCUUUUGCCACAUAUUUAGAAUUGGGUAGAGCUUUAAGGGAUGAAUAGUUAUGUCCUGUGGAUCAGCAGGGGAGACCAACUGGUUGACAGUGUAUGGGUGAGUUGAGCCAGUAGAAGGAAGCUUGCUGGAUCAUCAAGCAAAUCUAAGACCAUCACUCCACUAUCCACUUUCUUGCCAUAACUGUUCAUUAUCAGGUAAAAUGUGGAAAUUUUUUUUGCAUAGUUCUGGAUAGGUCUGGCUGCCAUCUUUAGCAGCUCAGACUUCCAUGUAGCCUAAGCACUCAGGAAUUCAUGCAGUAUGAUUAAAAAUGCUACUGUGACAGUUAGUUUAGUCAGAGUAACACAAUACUUAAUAUAACUGAUGAAUGACAUGAGCUUACCUUUAUCUUUCUCUAAAAAUGUCAAGUGGUGCUAUAUUGGAAUCUGAAUUUUAAACUGAUUUCACAGUAAAAUUAAUUCAGUUUUAAAAGUACCAGAGAGCAUUUAGAAUUGACAGGAUAAAGAAAUUCCAGAAAUUCACUGGUUGAUUA